AUGAAGAGGAGGAGAGCAGUACAAAAUCUAUUCUUACAAAAAUCAUAUUGGUGGAUUGGGUCGAAGAAUUUGGUCACCAAGUAAUUGAAGGCUAGGUAGGGCAAAAGCAAUCCAACAAAUAGGAUCAUUACGAUGUAGGCUAUUCUGUAGUAGAGAAAUUCCUAUUUCUAACAAGAGUAACAAAUGCCUUUGGAGGUUGAAAAGAGGUCAAAGAUUGGAUUGACAGAAAUUGCAAUGCUUUAUUGGUCCAUUCUAUACGAAGUUAUAGACUUGGCAUUUCUAACAAGUGAAACCUUAUUGAAUGAGUUGCCAACAUAAUUCGCAAAUGUGUUUUUCGUUGUGAAACAGGAUGAAGUGAUCGAUGAGUAUGAGUUAGUGGUUGUGCAGUGUAAUCAAUUUCAACACUAUUUGUUGGAUAUAAAAAUUUUUGUAUUGAGUCUUCAAUUCUAUAGGAAACAAGAAUAGCGCCUAUUUUAAGGUUCCAAGUGA